AUGUCUUCCGCCAAGCAACCCUCGCCUGGGUUUCUUGAGGAAGACAAGCGGCCGACAAUUUGGGGUGUUUGUGCCGUCUUCUUAGCUCUCAAUACACUCUCAACUGUACUCCGGCUUAUUUCUAGGAGGGUGAACGGUAUAAAAUGGGGAUGGGGGGAAUACCUCACUUUGUUAGGCUAUGUGCUCAUUACAGCGAUGAUAGGAUGCUCCCUCGCGGACGUUAAAUUCGGUGGUGUAGGACUUCAUGCAGAACGAGUAAAGCAGAUCAACCCAGAAAUGCUCGUGACUUGGGGGAAAUAUGUCCUCAUUAUCCCACUUAUAUACCUAGCCGCCGUCGUUCCGCCGAAACUCGCCAUUCUUGAUUUAUAUUUGAAUAUAUUCAUUUCCCAGACAGCCCGCAUCAUUUGCUACGUUACUGCCGGCGCCGUCGUCGCAAACUGGGCAGCCGCCACCAUUGCCGGGUUUGUUAGCUGUAUUCCUCUUGAUCAUCUCUGGGAUCCAGCAAGAAGCCCUCACGGCCACUGUUUCGACACAAAUGCAUGGUUCCGUUGGUCGAGCUUGGUCAAUAUGAUAACCGACGUGAUCGUCAUGGUCCUUCCAGUCCCGACAGUAUUGCAGUUGCAGUGCUCUUUUCGAAUGAAACUGGGUAUCAUGUUCACAUUUGCUAUGGGAAGCUUGGGACUCGUGGCCUCCAUCCUCCGUUUCGUCACUUUUUUCAACACAAAUGCGGUAGCGGACCCAACAUGGUCAGCGUCUACACUUAUUAUUUGGACCAACGUUGAGGCCGGGGUAUAUUUGAUAGCCUGUUGUUUGCCAACUUAUAGACCCCUUGCACGAUUCAUCUGGCACAGGUCAGGCCUUGCGACUAAAGUCAAACGAUCGCGUGAUGGGACAAACAGUAACCCGGGAUUAAAUACUGAUUCUCGAAUUGGUUAUGAGCUUAGUCAAUCCAGCAAUUUUAUACGUUUGAAGGGAUCUAAAGACGUGGAUGACGAGUCGAUUGGUCUAGUCCUUGAGGAAAGACAUUAG